UGGUUCUAUCGGCAGCCGCAUGCUUGCAUUGUCCAUCCCUAGGCCCAGCUGAUUUGGCGGCAACUAGUUUCGUGCCCAAAAGAAAAUAAUGUUUAUUUAAAUACGGCGUAAUUGCGACCACGGCCCAAAAAUGACACAGGAAAGCGCUGUUUACAAGGCGCUGAAGGAGCACUUCGGGCAUUCUAAAUUCAAAUCGGAGCUGCAACAGAAGGCUGUCGAAUGCGCAGUCAAAAAGAAACAGGAUGUGUACGUUUCGAUGCCGACGGGAUCGGGCAAGUCCCUCUGCUUCCAGCUGCCCGGCUUGAUGUGCGAGAACCAAAUAACAAUCGUGUUUUCCCCCCUGCUGGCUUUGAUCAAAGAUCAAAUCGACCACCUAACGAAACUGAAAGUGCCGGCGGACUCCCUGAACUCCAAGAUGAGCACCAAGGAGCGGGAUCGCGUGAUCAUGGAUCUGCGUGCUGUGAAGACGACCCUGCGGUUUCUGUACAUCACCCCGGAACAGGCGGCCACCAAAUUCUUCCAGGAACUGCUUCACACUCUUCACAAACACAAAAAGCUGGCCUACUUUGCAGUUGAUGAGGCGCAUUGCGUUAGCCAGUGGGGUCAUGACUUCCGACCCGAUUACCUGAAGCUGGGGGAACUCCGAUCCAAGUAUCCGGACAUCACCUGGCUGGCUUUGACGGCUACAGCCUCCAAGGAAGUCCGGGAGGAUAUAUACAAGCAGCUGCGCCUGAAACAGCCAGUCGCUCAGUUUACUACGCCCAGCUUUAGGAAGAACCUCUUCUACGACAUAGUCUACAAGAACUCGAUAGAGGACGACUUUCAGCAUCUGGCGGACUUUGCCAGGCAUUGUUUCGGCGAUCCGAAGGAGUUCAAGGAGCAGUCCAAGCCUCAAAGAGGAUGUGGCAUAGUCUACUGUCGGACCCGCGAGCAAGUGGAGCGCAUGGCCAUCGGUGUCACCAAGCAGGGAAUCGCAGCGGUGGCCUACCAUGCUGGUCUAAAGACUGCGGAAAGGACAGAAGUCCAGGAAGCCUGGAUGCGGGGCGAUAAGCCCAUCAUCUGUGCCACCAACAGCUUUGGAAUGGGUGUGGACAAGGCCACAGUGCGCUUCGUUAUCCACUGGGAUGUGCCUCAAAAUGUUGCUGCCUACUACCAGGAAUCCGGUCGCGCUGGUCGCGAUGGUCUUCCAUCCUUUUGCAGAUUGUACUACGGGCGAGAGGAUGUCCGGAGCAUUCGGUUUCUGCUUCAGAACGAUGCCCAGAGAGCCAGGGGUCGUGGCGACAAGGAGAUGCUUACGGAACGGGCUCUGAAGCAGUUCGAAAAGAUUACGGAGUUUUGCGAGCGGACGACUUGCAGACAUAAGCUUUUUUCGGACUUCUUUGGAGAUCCGCCGCCGCAAUGCAACAGCCAGUGCGAUGUUUGCAAGCGCCCGAAGAAAGCAGAGAAGGCUCUGGAGAUGUUCCACCGCUUGUGCAUGGAUGACACCUUCAAGUCGCACAUUUCGCUACAAGACUGCGCCGAUCUUUACGAAGGUGGUCGGGUUGGUGCCAAACGGGCUGCACAGGAUUAUGCCGAUGGGGACUCUGGCUCCGAUGGAGACUCCGGCUCGAGUCACUCGAACAUGGCCAAGAAAGCUAAGAGAGAGGCAGAGGACUUUAUACGCCAGCAGUUCAAGCUGCGUAAACAAAUUAGCGCUGCUCGCCAGCUGGAACAGGAUACUGCCACCCAAAUAUCCCGCGUCCGGCAGGCAGAGGCCACUGAGACGAAGAUCGCUGGUCUGCAGUCGACUCAGAGGGAGAAGUACCUCACGGCCAUCAUCGAUGCGCUCAAGGCUAAUGUGGAGAAGUGUAAGGACGAGCCAGAACAGCAGCCAAGAAGUGUGCUGAAGUACAAUGACUACGAGGCCAUGGCGGUGGAUAUGGAGUACGACGUGUUCCGCCAACAAAAGGUGGCCAAUAUGUACCGACAUGCACUGGUUAAACAGAUUUCUAUUAUUAAGCAACUCACUGGCAAGACUCAGUUGAUGCCUCUAUUAGCCGACUACGUUCCCAAGCCGGAGACGAGUUCUAAGGGCGCCUGGACCGGUGGAAGUGUGGCCUAUUUUGAGCGCAAACUGAAAGAGUUGGAGGAGCAGCGACCCCAGAGCCUUAAAGAAACACCAAAGGCUCUGAAAGAACGAAAGGGUUUCAAGCAGGAGAGUAGCAAGCAGACCUCCAUUUCUUCCUUUUUCAAAAAAGAGAUAAAAGAUGAGCCAAUGGAUGAAGCUGCGGAAGAGUCUCCCACAAUUAAACAAGAGCCAGAAGAACUCGAAAAUGUAGUAGACGAUAAACAAAAUGAAGAACCUUCUUCGAAUCAAAUAAAAGAUGAACCCAUGGAUACCCAAGAGAGUCCCCAGUCUGACCUCGAUGCCCUUCCCGACAGCAUAGUUGGCGAAAGAAAAUACAAGCUACUGUCGAAUGAUGAUGGCACCUAUGACACUCAUCGACGGAAAAGGGUUUCCCACCAACACCAACCCAAAGAAAAGGAAUCCUCGAAGACAAAAGCAAGUCUUCAGCAGCUUUUUGGAUCUUUCAAAAGCGAGUCGGAAGAAGAAAUGGAAGUGCCUUCUCUUGGCUUCAAAAGUGCAUUGGAAAUAUUGGAGGAAAAGAAGGAGAAGUCAAGCAAUAAACCUGAAACCCUUGGCUUUAUGACAGCCAGGGAAAUGUUGGACAAAAAUAAAUCUAAAGAAAAGGACAAAAAGUCUGAGCCUUUGGGAUUUAUUUCUGCUAAAGAACUUUUGGAAAAAAGCAAAGCCAAGGAGGAGAAUAAGCAAGUAACUUCGGACACUGACAGGGAAAGCGAAAAAAAUAAAUCUAAAGAUUCGAGUUUAGACAAAAAAGAGGAGAGGGAUAAUAAGCUAGGAUUAGACGACCAGAAAAAGGAAUCUGUGGGAAAGGAAGAAAGCGAGAGCAAAUCUCGGAAAGAAGUGCCAAAAGAGUCAAGCUCUGAGAAACAAAAGGAGAAGGACGUGAAACUGAAUAGAGAAAAGUCAAAGGACUCGGAGAAACCAAAAUCAGAGCUCGAAAAGGGAAAGCAGACAACCUCAAAAGACUUAGCAUCAGAAAAGAAAGAUGGCAAAGAUGUGGACUCGAAAAAAAGCUCCCGAAAGGAGUCUAAGCCAGAGAAGAAUCAGCAGAAGAGCGACGUCAGUAAAAACGUGGUUCAGUGGCUGAAUCCCUACUACAAACGGAAGAUAGCCACCAAGGAGCUGUUCAAGGCUCUGGCCAAAUUGCUGACUCAGCGGAUAUGUGAUGGCAUUUUGGGUGACGGCGAUGCAGGAAAGUGUUAUAUUAAGGAGACUUUUCACGGCCUCCAGAUGAUCAAAAACGAUCAGGACAUUGAGAAGUACUUCAUCAAGUCCAAGUGACUGCCGACCAGGACUCUUAUCCCACACAAUCACAACGAAACGUUUCGCCUUGAAGCAACUUUGUUAAAAAUUAAAGAAUCUUUUUUUUUUCGUUAAUGUUUCACUUUUGUAUAUAAUAAGUAAAUUAUCAAUAAUACAUUAAGAAAAUAUGACAUA